AGCAAACGUACAAUAAUAAACUCUUACAGCUUCAUUCUGAUUCAUACCACGUUUGAACAGCAAUUCCCUACGCACUCGUUGCUGACAAGCCAAAAGACCACCUCUAAAUUCAGACAAGAUGGUGCAUAACAUCCGAACUAAGGACGAGUUCCAAGACGCUCUGAAGAAGUAUCCUACUGUAGUUGUCGACUUUUACUCUACCGAUAGCGACGAGUCAAAGCAGAUAGCACCUACGUUCGCCCAUGCCAACGAGUUGGACAAGUUCAAGGAUUUUCGAUUUGUUAAGGUUGAUAUUGACGAUAUGAAGUCUUUGGUAGAGGAGGUUGGCGUGUCGAAGCCUGCAACUUUCCACAUGUACAAGAACGGCCAGAAGAUCAACGAGCUGCAGAGCAAUCAGCAAGAUGAUCUCAUCAAGUUUCUAGAGAACGGGCUUUGA